AUCAGUGACAGUACGGUAGUGGACAGCAGUGUUACCGAUGUGGCGGGUCUAUGUGUGUUUGUUGGUGGGUCUCACUGUUGUUUUGGGGGACCCACCCCCCAGCUCCCCCACCCCUCCUGCUAAUGGUGUCACCCAUCUGUGGAACGCUACUUGGACGGAUCACUUGAAGCAUGAUCUUCUGAUGAAGUAUGAUAAGUUUGCUCGACCUGCCCAACACACCAACGCGACUGAAGUGCAGUUUGGGUUAGUCAUCAGACAUGUUGAAGUGGAUGAAGUACGAUCCAUGAUGAUUCUCAACGCCUGGACUAAAUUUGAGUGGGAUGAUGAGAAGUUGAAGUGGAAUGCAAGUGACUACGGAGGCCUCAAGAUCCUUCACGUAGCAGAUCAUGAGAUCUGGCAGCCGGACAUCGUGCUUUACAACAGUGCUCUCGGUAACUCAGUGGACCACUACGGCAAUACCCACUGUUUAGUCUAUCCGACAGGUCACGUGCUGUGGGUCCCGCCCUCCCAGUUCUCAGCCUACUGUGAUAUCAACCUCCGCAAGUGGCCGUACGACCGUCACACCUGCCACUUCUUCUUCGGUUCCUGGGUAUAUGAUGGAGAGCAAGUACUGCUCAAGAGGCAGACCAGUCGAAACACUUCGGACGGAGAGGUAGAUCCGACCCCGAUGCAGUGGAAGGUAGUGUCUGUGAUAGAGACAGAGCAUGUCAAAUACUACGCAUGUUGCUCCGAGCCGUACUAUAACAUCGAAGUGGUCGUCACCGUAGAAAGGAAGAAUCCAGCUUAUGCCGCUGUUAUAUUCACCCCUGCUAUAGUUUGCGUUAUUCUGACAUUGGCAGUAUUUUGGCUUCCACCCCAUGCCUCGGAGAAGUUCCUGGUAGCUGGUGCGACUGCAGUUAUAGAAUGCAUGUUCCUGCUCUACUUCGCCCAGAAGUUACCUGCCAUGGGACAGCACAUACCUCUUAUUGUGGAAUUUUACGGGUACAGUCUCGCCCUGAUGAGUGUGUCUGUAGUCGUCUCUGUGGUGACUGUUAACAUCAGCCGUCGUCCUGCGGCUCAUCCUGUCCCGUGGAUCAUCAGCGGAACUCUCAACCGCUAUGCCAUCUUCCUUGGCUUACUUAAUAACAAGAAUGCGUUUGUGUCGGUGUACGGACGACAGGACUGUGAAGAACUGCAUGAGCGCAAUCUGGUGGACCGAGGCCGUACCGAGUCUGUAGACACCACACACCAGCCGACCUCCGCGCAGACGGCCAGGGAGUGGGUCCUCCUCGCCAACGCCAUCGACCGUUUCAUGUUCCUCAUCUAUGUAGUCAUUUUCCUGUUGAUUGGAGCAUCUUUCUACUUGUCGUAACAUUAUGUUGUGUGCUAGGCUUGAAGGACAGUUCUAUUCUGUUAAAGAGAUGUGUAGGUUUACAUUGUAAAAUAAUGUAAUCGUGUAGUGCGGAUAGUGUUUUUUCUAAAAAUGAUCGCACAGGUACGUUAUUUUUCAAAUGAUCAGCCUGUUUUGUAAAGGAUGAGAUGAUAAAGUUGAGGUAGAGACAUAAUAUGUAAGAGUUUUAACAUAUCAAAAGAUUCUCCAUUCUUAUAUCUUUCUAUCUUUGUAUCUUUCUAUCAACAUUGUUUUGUGAUGUCCACAACAGUCUUAUGGAUGGACUUAAGGAAUUUCAUUUGAGAAAGUUACAAUAGGAUGUUAAUAAUCUUAAAAGUAAUUCAACUAAUAUGUGAGGUAAAACCAAACUGUGCUUAGAAUACCCUAAAUUACCGUAUUGUGUUUAAUUAUAGUUGUGUAAAUAUUUGAAACAGAAUAAAUAAACUAAAUUAAUUUGUAUACUCUU